UAGCAGAAUGCCCUAGGUUUCUAAAUGCAACAUGAGUGAGCAUGUAAACAUUGCGUAACAAAAUAUGGCUGCCGCGUUGGUGAGGACCUUGUCUAAGUCUUGCAGACAGCUCACUCGGGCGUGUGUUGGAUGCCAGCCAGGAUGGAGGAGCAGGUCCACCAAGUCUGCCCUAGAUGUGGGCUCCGUCCAGGCGUCCUCUGUGGCAAACUUUCCUCCCUUGCAGUCAUAUUCAGUGGAGGAGAGUAUGAUGAGGGAAUCAGUGAAAAAGUAUGCACAAGAGCGUAUUGCGCCUUUUGUGGCAAAGAUGGAUGAGCACUCAUGUAUGGAUGAAGCAGUGAUCAAGUCUCUCUUUGAACAGGGUCUCAUGGGCAUUGAGAUUGACGCAGAAUACGGUGGCACUGGUUCCACGUUCUUCUCCUCCAUCCUGGUCAUUGAGGAGCUGGCGAAGGUGGACGCCUCCGUGUCUGUGCUGUGCGACAUCCAGAACACGCUGAUCAACACGCUCUUUACGCAACUGGGAACGGCUGCUCAGAAGGAGAAGUAUCUCAGCAGACUGUCCACUGACACGGUCGGCAGCUUUUGCCUGUCAGAGGCCGAGUCAGGCAGUGACGCCUUUGCUCUGAAGACACGUGCGGAAAAACAUAAGGACUAUUACGUCAUCAACGGGUCCAAGAUGUGGAUCAGCAAUGCGGAGCAUGCUGGCGUCUUCCUGGUGAUGGCCAAUGUGGACCCCUCAGUCGGUUAUAAAGGCAUCACCUGCUUCAUCGUCGAGCGGGAAACAGAAGGCCUGGAGAUCGGCAAGAAGGAAAACAAGCUGGGAUUGCGCGCCUCCUCUACCUGCCCGCUCAACUUUGACAACGUCAAGGUGCCCGAGAAGAACAUCUUGGGCCAAGUUGGUCAUGGAUACAAGUAUGCAAUUGGAAUGCUCAAUGAAGGCAGGAUUGGAAUUGCAGCACAGAUGUUGGGGCUUGCACAAGGCUGCUUCGACCAUACAGUUCCUUACACAAGACAGAGAAUGCAGUUUGGAAAACGGAUCUUUGACUUCCAGGGCAUGCAGCACCAAAUAGCCCACGUGGCGACGCAGAUCGAAGCCGCGCGCUUGCUGACGUACAACGCCGCUCGUCUGAAGGAAGCCGGUAGACCCUUCAUCAAGGAGGCCUGCAUGGCCAAAUAUUUCACUGCCGAGGUGGCAACCUUGACCACGUCCAAAUGCAUCGAAUGGAUGGGAGGGGUGGGCUUCACCAAAGACUACCCCAUUGAGAAAUAUUACAGGGAUUGUAAAAUUGGUACCAUCUACGAGGGCACGACAAACAUCCAGCUGUCCACCAUGGCAAAAUUCAUCGAUAAGGAGUACGACGUUUAACAUAAUUCUGAAUUGGAGCCUGACGGAUUGCACUGCCGCGUUACACUCCCUGUUCUUGUGUUUCAUGCGAGCUUGCUAAAAAGGACGAUGCAGUCGCCUCUCUACAAGACAUCGAUUUACUGUUACAAUUUUUUGCAUUGUAGUUUUGUCACUUUGUAUGGAUUUUCCAAUUAGGAUCAUGCAGAAAUGUACAAUAUCUCCUAGUGGUUCAUUCUCUUUAUUUGCCUGCUUUAGUGCCUUUGCCGGUUACUGCCACUAGGUGGCGGCAUCCUCGCACAAACUCGCAGCAGUCAAUUACAGUUACUGAGCGUACCUUUAAUGAGCUGCCUGCCAUAUUAAUCAUUUCUGCUGCUCCACAUUAAAGGGAGACUAUUAUGAAUAA